AUGGCAAAUGGAUAUUGUACAAAUGAAUUAUGUGUCAAAAGAGAAACACAAUUACGUUUAGCUCUACUUCGUGAAGAAUUAUUGACUAAUUUCAAUACACUUCUAAUUGAUCGUAUUCGUUUUCUUGAACAAACAAUUAAUCGAUUAUCACUUAUAUCACCAUCGACACCGGCAAGUUCAUUACCAACAUUAACAGAUACAUGUAUGUCUCUAAAACCUAUAGAAAUCGAUCGACUUACACCACCAUCAUUACUUCGACGUAGUUCAUCAGCAGGAGCUUCAUUUCUUCAAAGUCCUAUUGACCCAAAUUUAAUGGAAUCAGGAGCCGGUGCUCGUUCAUGUCCAUCGAGUGUAGAUUUAUCAAGUCAAAAUGAAUCACGAAAACGAUUUUUAUCAAUCGAAAAACCUCCUCGUACACAAGAUAGAACAUCAUUUGAAUAUAAUACAACUAGUUUAUCUAUACCUAUAUAUCGACAUUGGGCAAGUUCAGCAGAUGAUCUUCAAUCAAGUGCUAUGGCUAAUAGUGAAAAAGGUCGUUUAGAAUCAAGACGUUUUGCAUGUGAUGUUGAUGAUAAUGAUGUACGAGCAUUCAAAGCAAUGAUUUAUAUGGAACAAGCCCGGAAACAACAUACACGACCAUUAACUCGUUUACGACAAGCAUUGGGUAUAUCAAGUAAUAGUACUCUAGGGAGUUCGACAUCAAACAGUUCAAAGAAACAAACAAAUUUCUAA